AUGAAGAUUGCUACCAUUUGCUCUGUCUUCUUACUUUUCUUAUUCCGUACUGUUGACAGUAGCUUGGCUAUGAAUACAGUUAAUUUCAGUGUUGGUGUGGUUCUUGACUUUGACACGGGGUUUGGAAAGAUGGGUUUGAGCUGCAUCAACAUGGCCCUCUCAGACUGGUAUGCUUCACAUCCGAAUUACAAUACGAGGCUGCUGGUGCACCAAAGGAACUCCCCCACUGACGUUGUUCUUUCAGCUGCUGCAGCUCUUGAACUGAUAAAGAAUGUUGAAGUGCAAGCCAUCAUUGGGCCUUCAACAUCAAUGCAAGCAAACUUCAUGAUCAACCUAGGAGACAAAGCUCAUGUCCCCAUAAUCUCAUUUUCAGCAACAAGUCCUUCACUAACUUCAAUCCGGAGCCCAUAUUUCUUUCGAGCUGCACAAAAUGACUCAUCUCAGGUGAAAGCCAUAAGUGAUAUCAUUCAAGCCUUCGGUUGGAGACAAGUAGUUCCCAUCUACGUCGACAAUGAGUUUGGAGAAGGAGUGAUCCCUUACCUCUCCGAUGCUCUACAAGAGAUUGAUGUUCGAAUCCCUUAUCGGAGUGUUAUAUCCCCGACUGCGACAGAUGAUCAAAUUGAAGCUGAGCUUUACAAGUUGGUGACAAUGCAAACAAGGGUCUUCAUUGUCCACAUGCUUCCUUCACUAGGCUCUCGAAUUUUUAAGAAAGCAAGAGAGAUUGGGAUGAUGGAUAAAAGCUAUGUUUGGAUACUGACCAAUGCAAUUUCAAACGAGUUGAGUUGGUUUAAUUCAUCUUUUCACAUGGAAAACAUGCAAGGGGUGUUGGGAUUGAAGACUCAUAUCCCAAAUAAGAAAAAGCUUGAGGCUUUCAGAGUAAGAUGGAAAAGGAAAUUCCAACAAGACAAUCCAAAUGAUGUUGAUGUGAAUUUGGAUGUGUUUGGAUUGUGGGCUUAUGAUGCUGCCAAGGCACUGGCCAUAACAGUGGAGAAGCUUGGGAAUACUAAAAACUUCACAUACCAAAAGAUGAAUAUUUCUGGUAGCUCCAAUGAUUUAGAGAGAUUCGAUGUCUCUCAGAUUGGUCCUCAACUUGUUCAAGCGUUGCUAGGUACAAGUUUCCAAGGGCUUUCAGGGGACUUUAGUUUUGUUAAUGGGCAACUUCCAUCUUCAACUCUUGAGAUUGUGAAUGUGAUUGGAAAUGGAGAAAAUGUGGUUGGAUUUUGGACACCAGAAAACGGACUAGUGAGAAACUUGCAUUCCACAAAGAGCAUAAGCAGAUCUCCUGCUUCUAAUACUAGCAUCGGAACGAUUAUAUGGCCCGGAGACACCUCCUCUGCUCCAAAAGGUUGGCAGAUUCCUACUAAUGGGAAAAAGUUGAAGAUUCUAGUUCCACUUAAAGACGGGUUUAACGAGUUUGUGAAUGUGACAUACGAUCCUAGCACUAACAAAACCAACGUCAUGGGUGGAUACUGCUUAGAAGUCUUUGAAGCUGUAAUACAAGCAUUACCUUAUGAUAUCUCUUAUGAGUUGUAUGCUUAUGCAAAGCCUGAUGGUGAAGCUGCUGGUAAUUACAAUGACUUGGUCAACCAAGUGUUCUUAGGGAACUAUGAUGCUGCGGUGGGAGAUAUAACAAUAACAGCAAACAGGUCCUUGUAUGUGGACUUCACAUUGCCAUACACAGAAUCCGGGGUAUCCAUGCUGGUGCCUAUUAAGGACAAAAGAAGUAAGAAUGCUUGGGUGUUCUUGGAGCCAUUGACUUGGGAUCUUUGGUUAACAACUGGAUGCUUCUUCAUAUUCAUUGGCUUUGUGGUCUGGGUUCUUGAACACCGGAUAAACGAGGAUUUUCGAGGACCUUUGCGAUACCAAGUUGGCACGAGUUUCUGGUUCGCUUUCUCAACCAUGGUGUUCGCACACAGGGAGCGAGUGGUUAGCAACUUGGCUAGAUUCGUAGUUGUCAUAUGGUGCGUGGUAGUGCUCAUAUUGACACAGAGCUACACUGCAAGUUUAACAUCGAUGUUAACAGUUCAGCAGCUCCAACCAACUGUUAGCGAUGUAAACUUGCUUCUGAAAAAUGGAGACAAUGUUGGCUUUCAGGAAGGGUCUUUUGUUUACGGCAUUUUAAGGCAACUAGGUUUCCGGGAUGAGAAGCUUAAGACCUAUAAUUCCACAGAUGACUUGCAUCGACUUUUUAAAGUUGGGAGUACAAAUGAUGGUAUAAGUGCUGCUUUUGAUGAAACACCAUACAUCAAGGUUUUCAUUGCAAGUUAUUGCUGGAAAUACACAAUGCUUGAUCCAACGUUUAAGGCAGAUGGUUUCGGCUUUGUCUUCCCAAAAGAUUCACCUCUGGCUCGUGAUGUUUCGAGAGCAAUCUUGAAUGUAAAUGAGGGAGGGCAGGCGAAAAAGAUCGAGGACAGAUGGUUCAACAGACACCCGAGUUGUCCAGACCCAAAUAGCAAGGUCACUUCCAACAGUCUUGGCCUUGAAAGCUUUUGGGGUCUCUUCCUCAUUGCUGGAGUAGCUUCGUUUCUAGCUCUGCUCAUAUUUGCUUGCACAUUCUUGUAUGAACAUAAGGACAUGUUAAUCAGCUCGGAUUCAGAUGAUUCAUCAUGGAAAAAACUUCGCGACUUAUUUAAACAAUACGACCUAAGAGACCACAACAGCCACACUUUUAGGCGUGAAAGUCAGAGCCAAAUUGGAGCAGAGAGUAUUAGGCAGAGUCCGAGGAGCACACCUAAUACUGAACAUGGUCAAUCACCUAGAGAGAUUGAACCUCAACAAUUUGGAGAGAUUGAACUAGCUAUUGAGCUUGAUCAGAGACCAAGAGGAAAUCAGUAGAUUUGACCAAGAACUG